GCCUAGUUUUACCCUGAUCACUGAUCACAAACCAUUGUUGGCAAUUUUCAAUCCGAAAUCCGCUAUCCCCACACUAGCAGCAGCUCGGAUGCAGAGGUGGGCUCUAGUACUUUCAGCAUAUGACUAUGAGAUUGAGUACAAAAGAUCUGAAGACCAUGCCAGCUGUGAUGCUCUCUCAAGGCUACCACAUGAGGACUCCACAGUGGGAAGUGAGGGUGUGGUCUACAGUGUGAGUGUAAUUGAUGAUGAUUUUCCAAUCACUGCAGAAGAUAUAGGAGAGGCAACCCUUGUAGAUCCUGUACUUGGUAAGGUACAUCAAUUUGUGAUGUCAGGUUGGCCAGAAGGGUUCCCUGAUGAGACCCUCAAACCCUAUCAUAAUAGAAGAAAUGAGCUGUCCUGUGAACAGGAUUGUGUCCUUUGGGGCUCUAGGGUGAUUAUUCCACCAAUCUUUAGAGCCAAAAUGAUGGGGCAGUUGCAUUGGGAACACCCUGGUAUAUGUGGUAUGAAAGCAAUUGCUCGUACGUGCAUGUGGUUGCCAAAAAUGGAUCAGGAAAUUGAGGAAGCAGUGAGAGUAUGUACAGUAUGCCAAGAUGUUAGAAAUGCCCCACCCAGUGCACCCCUUAUCCCAUAGAAGUGGCCAACUAGACCAUUUCAACGGAUCCAUAUUGAUUUCUGUCAGAAGGGUAAUCAUUACUUCCUUGUAGUAAUCGAUAGCCACUCACUGAGUGGAUUGAAGUGAAACAUAUGAGCUCUACAACUACUAAACGGACUAUUCAUGAGCUCCGUUUAAUUUUUGCUACUCAUGGUUUACCUGAAGAGGUGGUGUCUGAUAACGGACCACAGUUUACGUCCACUGAAUUUGCCGAAUUCAUGCGCAAAAACGGCAUCAAGCACACGUUGGUUCCACCCUAUCACCCUUAAUCUAAUGGGGCAGUGGAGAGGUCUGUGAGAGUUGUUAAGGAUGCUUUAGUUAAACAAGUGCUUGAGGGUAAAAAGGGCAUCUCUAUGAAACACAGACUUGCUAAUUU